AUGCGCACACCACAAAUCUUCUACCCAUUCGGUUCAGCAGCAGCAGACUCAAUAAAUCCUGCUUCUGAUGACGGAAGCUCCUCUGUUAUUACACUGUUGAGUCCCUUUCUGUUCUUUGGACGAACAUACCAGCGGAUUUAUGUUAAUAAUAAUGGAGACCUCACAUUCAGCCAGGCUUUUUCACAAUAUGUUCCCUACUCAUUUCCUGCUAAUGGAAGUCAAGAUAUAAUUGCUGGACUCUGGACUGACCUUAAUAACGGAGUAACUGGAGUCAUCUCUUAUCAUCAAUACACUACUGGAAGUGUUCUCACUCGCGCCACUCAGGAUAUAAACACUUAUUUCCCAAAUCUGCCCUUCACUGCUUCUUGGGUUUUUGUUGCAACAUGGGAUAAAGUACCUUACCUCUCCUCUACAGAAACAUCUUUUCAAGUGGUUUUAAUUUCAGGCAGUAAUUAUUCAUUUAUUUUGAUGAAUUAUGGAAAUAUUGCUGCAACAGGACGUUCAGUGGAGGCUGGUUAUGACACAAUAAGCUCCACAAACUACUUUGUGAUUCCUGAAUCAAACAGUGGGAGCUCUGUCUCACACCUCAACACCUCCAGUAAUAUCAAUGUUCCAGGCCGAUGGGUCUUCAGGGUCGACGGUGGACCAAAAAACAGCAUUGUGAGAGUCAAUGUUGUUGGAAUUCAUGUGAGAUUUGAAUCAGUUUUAAACCCCACAGAGAGUGGAAACGCUGAAAUCAUUAUACAGCAAAUCAAACAGGAGCUGUGCAAGAGAGGACUGCCAAGUGAUGUAAACCUGACCUUUAGAAAAGUGCAAAAGAUCAAUCCAUAAUGUCAGUA